AUGUAUACUAAUCACGCCGAUAUUUACGACUUAAUUUAUUCAUUUAAAAACUAUCGAGGAGAAUCUGAAUUAAUUUAUGAUAUAAUUAGGAAAAAUCUUGAUAGAAAUAAUGAUAUUGAUCGUGAAUUAUCAGUAAUUGAGUUAGGCAUUGGUACUGGUAAUCAUAUGUGUCAUUUAUUUGAAUUAUUUGAAAAAUCGAAAGAAUAUGAUCGGUUAAACUUGAUUGGCUUGGAUAAAAGUAGUCAUAUGCUAGAAAUUGCUGAGAAAAAAAUAGCUGAAAAAAUCAAUGAAUCAACUAUGAAAACAGUGUUUAUAACAAAACAAGAUGAUAUGGCUAAUUUUAUAACAAAUGAUGUUCAGCAGCAAUUUGAUAUUGUUCUAUCAUUAUUUGGAUGUUUGGGUUAUUUGAAAAGUACACAAGAAUUAAUACAAACACUUACGAACAUGUUUGUUUUAGUUAGACCGCGAGGUCUAGUUAUUAUUGAACCAUUUAUACAGCCUGAAUUAUUCAAAUAUGGCACGUGUGAUUUAACAACGUAUGAAGAUUCUAAUUAUAAAAUAGCUCGAUUAGGAAAAGUUAGACGCAUGUAUAAAAAUCCUACAACUGAAGAUGAGAAAAAUAGAGUACAGUUAACAGUUAACUAUUCAAUUGGCAAAAUGGAUUUUGGUCAAGAAUUAUUUGUUGAAGAUAAUGUCGAGCCAUUAUUUCAACAAUGGGAAGAAAAACACGAUAUGCUGAUGUUUUCAUCUGAGACAAUUAUUAAUUGUUGUAAACAAGUUGGAUUUAAUAAUAUUCAACUUUUAAAACAAAAUGAAUUACAACAAAUCCUACCCAAUACUACUAUAAGAGAUUUGUAUGUUUUACAGAAAAAUUGA